GGCCCCAGUAAAUGGUUGGUGUGGUGUGAAUGGGCCAAGCGGCGUUUCAAAUUGGUUUCACGUAAUCUGUUAAUCUGGGGGAGUGUCUCGUUUUAACCAAGGACCCCUCUUGGUGUAACCACGCCCAAUCAGCUGUUUCCUCAAGAUCACCGAAGCUCAUGGGGAAAAGAACUUUCCCUCGCGUCCGGUCAGUCUCACUGUGAACCCAUGAUAGACUUCGCCGCUUUUUGUUUUGGGAUUUAAUUUUUGUGCGGUGUGUGUUAGUCCAGCAACAAGUAGUGUCAGCAUGUCUCUGGCGGAUCUGCAGUGGUGUCCCACAAGCGUCCAGGUAACCGUCCUCCAAGCCAGAGGCCUGAGGAUAAAGGGGAAAAGCGGCACCAACGAUGCCUACGCGCUCAUGCAGGUGGGCAAGGAGAAGUUUCAGACCGCGGUGGUGGAGAAGAGCGUGGCGCCGAUGUGGAAGGAGGAGGCCGCUUUCGACCUGCCUGGGGGAGGCACGGAACGCUGCACGCUGCAUGUCCAAGUCCUGCACCGGGCCCUGAUGGGUCCGGACAAACUGCUGGGACAGGUUAUCAUCAACCUGCUGCAACUCACUGAGGACAAAACCCGCAACAAAACCGAAUGGUUUAAGUUGCUGGACAAGACUGGCAAGGCAGACAAAGACAGAGGAGAGGUGCUUGUGGACAUCCAGUUCAUGAGACACAACAUGACCGCCAGCAUGUUUGACCUCUCCACUGCCGGCAAAUCCAGAUCUCGCCUGGGCAAGUUUAAGGACAAAGUGCGUGGCAAGAAAAGGGAAUCUGAUACUGCGUCUAACGUGGUGCCAUCCUUCACCCAGGUUCUGACAGACAGCGAGGAGGAGGGAAAACAGGACGCAGAGGAAGAUGCUGACAAAGGAGAGAAAAAGAAGAAAAAUAAAAAGUCUUUGUUUUCUACCAAGUCUAACCUGCAGAGGAACUUGUCUCAGUCCAUGUCUGUUCUGCCUGCAAAGAACUCCUCACUGAGCGGCAGCCAGUCCUCUGGUCUAAAUAUGGAUUCAUCUGAAGGCAAAAAGAAGUUCAAGUUCCUGAUGCAUAAACGCUCAGGCAGCUCAGACAGCAAAGAUUCCUCCUCUGGUAACCAAAAACAUGGUGCUGUAGAGGAGAGUAACGUGUGCAUCAAUGGCAGUCAUGUAUACUGUGAAGAGAAGCCGCCCCGGACGUCUCGCAUCGGCUCCAACUUUAGUCUGGCCAGUUCAGGCCACGGAUCCAUGGAGGACGUCCCUGAAAGCUCCACAUCUGUUGAUUCACUAAGGGCAGUGAGGAAAUAUUCACCAUGGACGGAGGAGGAAGAGGAAGAGGAGGAGGAAGGAGAGCUUAUAAAAGAGGAUGUAAGUGAACUAAGAAGGGAGGAAGGGGAAAGGAUCAGGAGACAAGAAGAAGAGCUUGAAAGAUUGGCUGAGGAGAAGAGACAAAGGGAAGAAGAAAAGAGGACUAAGGAAGAGAAAGUUAAAAGGGAGGAACGGAUUAAGAGGCAGGAGGAAGAAAGAGCUCAGGAAAUGAGGAGGCAACAAGAGGAGAGGGUCAGGAGAGAAGAGCGUGAACGAUUGGCAAAGGAAAAGAAGAGACUAGAGGAACAGGAAGAAGAAAAAGUUAGAAAGGAAGAAGAGGAGAGGAUCAGGAGGGAAGAGAGGGUUGAGGAAGAGAGGAGGAGACAAGAGGAGAUGGAGAGAAUCCAAAAAGAGGAGCGUGAGGAAAAAAGGAGGCUUGAAGAACAAGAAAGGAGACAAAGGGAGGAAGAGGAAAGGAUUAGGAUUGAGGAAAUGGCUCAGGAAGAGAGGAGACACAAGGAAGUGGAGAGAGCGAAGAGACAAGAGGAGCGUAAAUUAGCAGAGGAAAAGAGAAGAUUGGAGGAAGAAGAGAGGAUUGAAAAAGAGAGGGUGAGAAAGGAGGAAGAGGAGAGGAUCAGGAGGGAGCUGGAGAUGGCUGAGGAAGAAAGGAGACGAGAGGAGAUGGUGAGAAUCCAAAAAGAGCAGCGUGAGCAAAGAAGGAGGCUUGAAGAACAAGAAAGGUGGCAAAGGGAGGAAAGGAUUAGGAUUGAGGAGGAAAUGGCUCAGGAAGAGAGGAGACACAAGGAAGUGGAGAGAGCGAAGAGACAAGAACAGGAGCGUAAAUUAGCAGAAGAAAAGAGAAGAAUGGAGGAAGAAGAGAGGUUUGAAAAAGAGAGGGUGAGAAAGGAGGAAGAGGAGCGGAUCAGGAGGGAGCUGGCGAUGGCUGAGGAAGAAAGGAGACGAGAGGAAGAGGAGAUGGUGAGAAUCCAAAAAGAGGAGCGUGAGGAAAAAAGGAGGCUUGAAGAACAAAGGAGGCGAAGGGAGGAAGAGGAAAAGAUAAAGAAAGCAGAGGAAGAGAAGGCUAGGAGGGAAAAGGAAGACUAUGAGAGAUUAGUAGAGAAAAUGAAACUAGAGGAGGAAGAAAGGAAAAGGAUUGAGGCAGAGAAGAUGAGACAAGAGGAAAGGAUAAGGGUGGAGGAAGAGAUGAGGAAGAAAGAAGAGGAGACUGUUAAGAGGCAAGAAGAGCAUGAGAAGUCGGCAGAGAUAAAGAAGACCAAAGAACAAGAAAGGAGAAGAAUUGAGGAAGAAAAAAGGGAGGAAGAGGAAAGGAUUAGGAUGAAGGGUAGACAAGAGGAAGAGGAGAUUGCUAGAAAGAAAAAGGAAGAACAUGAGAGAGUGGUCGAGGAAAAAAAUAGACAAGAGGAACAAGAGAGGAGAUGGAUUGGGGAAGAGGAGAAGAUUAAAAAGAAGGAAGAGGAGAGGAUAAGGAUCAAGAAGGAAGCUGAAGAGGAGGCCAGGAAGCUGGAGGUAGAGAAGUUAAAAAGGGAAGCAGAGAAACAGAAGGACAAUCAAACUGCUGUGGCUGUGGAGAGCCCUGCAGGAAUCCCUCCUAAUCCAUUUGAUGAAAACCUUUCAAAUAAUCCCUUUGAAAAGAUUCCCGACUCUCCCGCUGGACUCGCCAACAACACAGCCAAAGUGUCAACGAUCCAACAAAGUUGGAACCUGUGUAAAACUCCACCUGUGGGAAACUGUGGAAAGUAA